AUGGACUCGUCGCGUAUAUUUGUACGCGGGCUACCACUAAAGUUCACCGAGGACGACGUGCGCAAGCAUUUCGCCAAGUUCCCCGUCACAGACGUCAAGUUCUUCCCGCAUCGCCGCAUAGGCUACGUCGGCUACAAGACGUCCGAAGACGCUGCAAAGGCCGUCAAAUACUUCAACAAAUCCUUCAUCAAGCUGACCAAGAUCUACGCGGAAAUUGCGCGUCCGAUCGCCGACAAGGAGCUUCCCAAGUCAAGACGACAGCAGAAGGCUGAGAAGAGCGCACCGAGAACCGACGAAUACAUACCACCACGGCAAGAGAACGACUUGAAGCGGAAACGCGACGAGGUCGAGCAAGACCCGAAGCUGAAGGAGUUCCUCGACGUGUACCAGCCGCCCUCCAAGACCAACAUAUGGACCAAUGGUGAUUCGCAAGGCGGCGUUGACACAGGAGCCUCUGCCGAGGAGACUGUGCAAGCUGUUGCUGUGCCAGAAGACGAGAGUGAUAACGAGUACCAAGUCAUUGCUAAGAAAGCAAAGACGGCAUCGGAGCCUACAAAACCACUGGUAGACGAGGAGCCCAUGCCCAAGGGCGACUCCACAGCAAACAUCGAACAAGAAGCUGCCGAUACUGGUGAGGCAAUGGAAGACGUGCAGGAUGUGCCUACAGCUGAGCAAGGGCCUGUUUCUGAUGCGGACUGGUUGCGGUCUAGAACCAACAGAGUUUUGGAGCUGGUCGAGGAUGACACAGAGUCAUCAGCCCGAGUACCAUUGGCCAUUGGACCAAUUUCACAACCCAGGGCUGUUGAGCACGCAUCGCCGCAAGUUACCCAUGAACAAGCUGAGCCAGAACAACCGGCCGAGGCACCUGUUGUUGUUGUUGUUGUUGAUAAUGAUGAUGCUGCACCAUCAGACGAGGAAGAAGAUAGAAUUCGCGAAACGGGACGCCUCUAUUUGCGAAAUCUGCACUUCGAAGUCACUGAAGACGAGCUCCGGGAACAGUUCUCAAAACACGGAGCUCUCGAGGAAGUCCAUGUACCGCUGAAAAAGAUCGAUGGUAAAGGCAAAGGCUUCGCUUUCGUGCAGUUCCAAGAUCCCACACAAGCAGUCGAAGCGUACCUCGACAAUGACAAUACCAUCUUCCAGGGCCGCCUUCUCCACAUCAUCUCCGCUAAAGCAAAAAAGGACACAAAGCUCGACGAUUUCGAGAUUUCGAAAUUGCCACUCAAAAAACAGAAGGAGAUCAGACGGAAACAAGAUGCCGUCAAGGCUACCUUCAACUGGAAUUCGCUAUAUCUCAACGCCGACGCAGUCAUGUCCACUGUUGCUAAUCGCAUGGGUAUCAGCAAAGCCGAACUGCUCGACCCCACGUCAUCAGAUGCAGCGGUCAAGCAGGCUCAUGCUGAGACGCACAUUAUCCAAGAGACCAAAUCUUACUUCACUCAACACGGUGUGGACUUGGAGGCCUUUCAAAGAAGCGCCAAGGGCGACCUCGCCAUUCUGGUGAAGAAUGUGCCCCAUGGUGUGACACCGGAUGAGUUACGCAAUAUGUUUGAGGAGCAUGGCACUGUCUCCAAGUUUCUGAUGCCACCAACAGGCAUGACUGCAAUUGUAGAGUUCUCCAACGCCGCGCAAGCGAAGACUGCAUUCACGUCUUUGUCAUAUCGGAAGAUGAAGGACUCCAUCCUAUAUUUGGAGAAGGCCCCCAAAGAUCUGUUCAAGGAAGGCUUAAUUGCCCAUGUUCCACAGGCCGCAUCUCAGGACAAACCUGGGGCGAAGCUAUCCGCAACAGAUCUCCUCGAAGACGCUGCAGAACCAGAGGCAACGAACGCAGCCACGCUAUACGUUCGAAACCUCAACUUCACCACUACAACGGAACGUCUUACUGAGGCCUUCAAACCUCUUUCCGGGUUCCGAAGUGCAAAGGUCAAGACGAAGGUCGACCCGAAACGAGGCGUGCUAUCGAUGGGCUUUGGCUUUGUCGAGUUUAACAGUCCUGAAACGGCAUCCGCAGCCUUGCAAACCAUGGACGGACACGAUCUUGAGGGGCACAAGCUGCAGAUCAAAGGUUCACACAAGGGUGCAGAUGCAGCCGAGGAGCGUCGCAAGGACGAUGCGGCAAAGAAGGCGGCAAGCACAAAGAUCAUCAUCAAGAACUUGCCCUUCGAAGCGAGCAAAAAGGACGUUCGCGCGUUGUUCACCCCUUACGGCCAACUUCGGUCCGUCAGGGUGCCCAAGAAGUUUGAUUCGUCCUCGCGUGGUUUUGGUUUCGCUGAGUUCACCACAAAACGCGACGCCGUGAACGCCAUGAAUGCGUUAAAGAAUACCCAUUUGUUGGGUCGACGUCUUGUUCUUGCGUUUGCUGAAACCGAAUCAGAUGACCCUGAGAAAGAACUGGAGAAGAUGCAGCAGAAGGUGGGGGCACAGGCGAACAAGGUUGCCCUUCAACGCCUCACAGCAGGUGGCCGCAAAAAAUUUAACGUUGCAGGCACCGACGACCUAGACGAAUAA